UUCUCUCCAAAGAAAGGCUAAUUCUGGUCUCCCUUUUGUCCACAGCAGGCGUGAGAUGCUCCCGAGCAGCGAAGCCCAGCGCACGCCCAGCCUGUAGGACCCCUUGCCCGCCUCGCGGGGGCUCGUUGCUGAUAUGUGUUCAAGAUGAGUGGGAUGGGAGAAAAUUCCUCUGACCCAUCCAGGGCAGAGUCACGAAAACGCAAGGAUCCCGAUCAGCUUGGACCCAGCCCCAAAAGAAGCACUGAGAAACGCAAUCGAGAGCAAGAGAAUAAAUACAUAGAAGAACUUGCAGAACUGAUUUUUGCAAAUUUUAAUGACAUUGACAACUUUAACUUUAAACCUGACAAAUGUGCAAUCUUGAAAGAAACUGUGAAGCAAAUUCGUCAGAUAAAAGAACAAGAAAAGGCAGCAGCAGCUAACGAAGAUGAAGUGCAAAAAGCAGACGUGUCAUCCACAGGCCAGAGCGUCAUUGACAAGGAUGCACUUGGACCAAUGAUGCUGGAGGCCCUGGAUGGCUUCUUCUUUGUGGUGAACCCGGAGGGCAACGUUAUGUUUGUCUCCGAGAAUGUGACCCAGUACCUGAGGUACAACCAGGAGGAGCUGAUGAACACAAGCAUAUACAGCAUCCUGCACGUAGGGGACCACAACGAGUUUGUCAAGAUCCUGCUGCCAAAAUCUUUAGUGAACGGGGGCCCCUGGCCCGGCGACGCUCCGCGGCGCAACAGCCACACCUUCAACUGCCGCAUGCUGGUGAAGCCGCUCGCCGACGCCGAGGAGGGCCACGAGGGCCAGGAGGCGCAUCAGAAAUACGAAACUAUGCAGUGCUUCGCUGUCUCUCAACCAAAUUCCUUCAAGGAGGACGGCGAAGAUUUGCAGUCUUGCUUGAUUUGUGUUGCAAGAAGAGCUCCGAUGAAGGAGAGACCACUUCUUCCCUCAUCGGAGAGCUUUACCACUCGCCAGGAUCUACAAGGCAAAAUAACUUCCCUGGACACAAGCACCAUGCGAGCAGCCAUGAAGCCUGGCUGGGAGGACCUGGUGAGAAGAUGCAUUCAAAGGUUCCACUCACAACACGAGGGAGAAAUAUCUUUUGCCAAGAGACAUCAUCAGGAAGUGCUGAGGCAGGGCCUGGCGUUCAGCCCCGUGUAUCGGUUCUCCCUGUCCGACGGCACUAUCGUUUCUGCCCAGACAAAGAGCAAGCUCAUCCGUUCUCAGACCACUAGUGAACCUCAGCUUGUCAUCUCCUUGCAUAUGCUUCAAAGAGAGCAGAAUGUCUGCGGAAUGAAUCAGGACUUGCCUGGACAAGGAAUGGGCAAGAUACUGAACCCAAUGAGCUCCAGCAGCCCUGCCCAUCAGGCCAUGUGCAGCGGGAACCCAGGUCAGGAUCUGACCGUCAGUAGCAAUAUAAAUUUUGCCAUAAACGGCCCGAAGGAACAAAUGGGCCUGCCGGCGGGCAGGUUUGGCGGCGCCGGGGGCAUGAACCACGUGGCGAGCAUGCAAGCAUCCACUCCUCAGGGUAGUAACUAUGCACUAAAAAUGAACAGCCCCUCGCAGAGCAGCCCCGGCCUGAGCGCGGGGCAGCCCAACUCCAUGCUGUCCCCACGGCAUCGCGUGAGCCCGGGAGUGGCAGGAAGCCCGCGCAUCCCACCCGGUCAGUUUUCCCCGGCAGGAAGCUUGCAUUCACCUGUGGGAGUUUGCAGCAGCACAGGAAAUAGCCAUAAUUACAGCAACAGCUCCCUGAACGCCCUGCAGGCCCUCAGCGAGGGCCACGGUGUCGCGCUCGGAUCCUCCCUGGCUUCGCCCGACCUCAAAAUGGGAAACGUACAAAAUUCCCCUGUGAAUAUGAACCCUCCCCAGCUGAGCAAGAUGGGGAGCCUGGACUCUAAGGACUGCUUUGGACUUUACGGGGAGCAACCCGAAGGUACAACUGGACAAGCAGAGAGCAGCUGCCACGCGGGGGAGCAGAAGGAGGGCGCCGAGGGCGGCCUGCCGCCCGCRGCGGGCGGCGAGAGGCCCGACGGGCAGAGCAAGCUGCACGACGGCAAAAGCCAGACGAAGCUCUUGCAGUUGCUGACCACCAAAUCGGACCAGAUGGAGCCCUCGCCCUUGUCCGGCACCAUGGGAGACGUGAGCAAGGACCCUGCGGGAGGGCUGCCCGGCUCCGGGUCGGCACACGGAACCUCGCUCAAGGAGAAGCAUAAAAUUUUGCACAGACUAUUGCAGGACAGUAGUUCUCCUGUCGAUCUGGCCAAGCUCACAGCCGAGGCCACGGGCAAAGAACUGAACCAGGAGGCCAGUAGCACAGCUCCUGGUUCAGAGGUGACUGUUAAACAGGAGCCGGCGAGUCCUAAGAAGAAUAAUAAUGCACUACUUCGCUACUUGCUAGAUAAAGAUGAUACUAAAGAGAUUGGUUUACCAGACAUGCCCCCAAAACUGGAGCGGUUGGACAGUAAGACAGACCCUUCCGGUAGCACAAAGUUAAUAACGAUGAGGACGGAAAAAGAAGAGAUAAGCUUUGAGCCUAAUGAACAGCCGGGCAGCGAGCUGGACAACCUGGAGGAGAUCCUGGACGACCUGCAGAACAGCCAGCUGCCGCAGCUCUUCGCGGACGGCCGCGGCGGCGCGCCGGCGGGCUCCGUGGACAAGCAAGCCAUCAUCAACGACCUCAUGCAGCUGGGCAGCGAGGGCAGCCCCGGCGCCCCCGCGCCCGCCCACAAACCGGCCAUGCGGCUUUCACAGAGCACUUUUAAUAACCCCCGAGCAGGGCAACUGGGCAGGUUGUUGCCAAACCAGAAUUUACCACUCGACAUCUCACUGCAGAAUCCAGCGGGCGCCGGAAAUUUCCCCCCCAUAAGAACGAGCAGCCCCUAUUCCGUGAUACCUCAGCCGGGACUCAUGGGCAGGAAUGAGGGGAUGAUAGGAAACCAAGGAACAUUAGGGAACAACAGCACAGGCAUGAUGGGCGGCAGCGGCGCGCGGGCGGCCCCGGCGGCACCCUCGGAGUGGGCGCUGCCCGCGCAGGUCGUCGGCAUGGGGCCAUCCGAGCUGGAGAUGAACCUGGGAGGGCCGCAGUACAGCCAGCAGCAGGCUCCCCCCAACCAGACUGCGCCGUGGCCGGACAGCAUCCUGCCCAUCGAACAGGCGAGCUUCGCUGCCCAGAACAGGCAACCCUUUGGCAGCUCUCCGGAUGAGCUGCUGUGCAAUCAUCCUUCCUCGGAGUCCCCAAGCGACGAGGGCGCCCUCCUGGAUCAGCUCUACAUGGCCCUGAGGAAUUUCGAUGGUCUCGAGGAGAUUGACAGGGCCCUAGGAAUACCCGAACUGGUUAGCCAGAGCCAGGCGGCGGAUGCAGAGCCCUUCUCCGGCGCCGACUCCGGCCUGCUCCUGGAGCAGAAGGCGCCCGUGUUCCCGCAGCCGUACGCGCCGGCGGCGCCGCUGGCGCAGGGCGCCUACGCAGCCCUGCAGGAGCCCGCCUUCCACGCCAUGGCGCAGCGGCCCGGCUACGCGGCACUGCGCGUGCAGCCCCGCGCCGCGCUGCGCCCCGCCGGCAUCGUGCAGAGCCAGCCCAACCAGCUGCGGCUCCAGCUCCAGCACAGGCUCCAGGCGCAGCAGAAUCGGCAGCCACUGAUGAAUCAGAUCAGCAGUGUCUCCAAUAUGAAUCUGUCUUUGAGACCUGGAGUGCCAACUCAGGGCCCCAUCAACGCGCAGAUGCUGGCGCAGCGGCAGCGCGAGAUCCUCAGCCAGCACCUGCGGCAGCGGCAGAUGCAGCAGCAGCAGCAGCAGCAGCAGCAGCAGCAGGUGCAGCAGCGCACGCUCAUGAUGCGAGGGCAGGGCCUGAGCAUGACCCCCAGCAUGGUGGCCGCCGGCGGCAUCCCAGCGACCAUGAGCAACCCGCGCAUCCCGCAGCCCAACGCGCAGCAGUUCCCGUUUCCUCCCAGCUACGGUAUCAGUCAGCAGCCCGACGGCGGCUUCGCGGGGGCCACCACGCCGCAGAGCCCCCUCAUGUCCCCGCGGCUGGCGCACACGCAGAGCCCCAUGAUCCAGCAGUCUCAGGCUAAUCCUGCCUAUCAGUCCUCUACGGAGAUGAACGGGUGGGCGCAAGGGAAUAUGGGUGGAAACAGCAUGUUUUCACAACAGUCCCCACCACAUUUUGGGCAGCAAGCAAGCACCAGCAUGUACAAUAAUAACAUGAACAUCAGUGUGUCCAUGGCAACCAACACAAGUGGUAUGAACAACAUGAACCAGAUGACAGGGCAGAUCAGCAUGACCUCAGCGACCUCUGUGCCUACAUCAGGGUUGUCCUCCAUGGGUCCUGAGCAGGUUAAUGAUCCUGCUAUGAGGGGAGGCAAUCUUUUUCCAAACCAGCUGCCUGGAAUGGAUAUGAUAAAGCAGGACGGAGAUGCAACACGGAAAUACUGCUGACCCCGAGGGCUCUGCUUGCU